AUGUCGACUAGGGGUUCACCUUCUCAACCAGAGAGAUCUGAGGCUGAGUAUGCUACGGCAUCAGAAGAAGGAUUGGGUUCAAACUCAAAUGUUGAUCCAUUACAACCGCAAGAGGAUGUCUCAAUACCAAUGGAACCUCGAGGUUUAUUCUUCAAGCAAAGCGAGUAUCUGUUAUACCCGAAGCUUCAAUCAAGGUGUGAAACCUUUAAUUUCAUGGAAGUCUUCAAGAGGCUUGAUAUCUCAGAGAGAAACUGGUUUGAGAACCACCCACAAUUCAAGCAUAUUGUCCACAUGUUUAUCCAGAAGAAUAGAAUGUUAAUGGGAAUGUGGAUGUUGCUUCUCCGAACAGCAGUGACAGACAAGAAGCGGCAGUGUUGGUUUGUUGUGAAUGUUAGGGAUUUUGUGGAGGAGCAGUUUGGAAAGACUAAUAUUGAGGUGAAAGAGGUGCGUGAGAAGCUGGAAUCAAUGGAUUUCAUAGAAGGUGGUACUGAUAGGUUGAAGAUGGUUGUACUUUUCUUCUUAGCAACUGUCAUCAAAGGAAAGUCCAAGAAAUAUGGUGGAUCCAUAGACCCAUUCAUUCUCCGAGUGGUGGAUGAUCUGGAUCUGUGUGAAACGUUUCUCUGGGGUCGUUUCAUUUUUGAUGACGUCUUAGCUGAGGUUGCACAUCUGGUGGAUCAUUUUGGAGGAUCUGUUCGAGGGAAUUGGACUUUUCCGGGGUUCAUAUUGCCUUUAGAGAUUUUGGCGUUUGAAUCUAUCCCGGUUCUGAAAGAAGCAUUUCAAGAAAAAGUUUGGAAUGCAGAUGGUGAUUGUCCAAGAAUGUGCAAGUGGAAGUUUAAGAGAACAUGCAAAACAGGAUUUUCUUUAGCUGAUAUAUAUGAAGUGCUUGGAGAUACAAAGGAUAUUAUUAGUAUCUUGGUACCUGAAGAUGGAGAAGCUAAACUCUUGCUUGACAUCCUAGACGAGCAUGUAUGGGAUGACUUCGAAGUAGGAGAAGAUGAUGCUGUUUCUGACCCUGUUGUUGAUAGUUGGCACACGAUUUUAGUCCAACAAAAGAAGAAGAUACACUUGAAGGAUCUGUACCAAUUAGAUGUUAAAUCCCGAGAAGACCAGCCAUUGCCCAAACCGACAGAUACUGAAGCGGUAGGAAGUGAGGAUGUGUUGAAGAAGAUGGAAGAAGGGUUUAUAAAGAUUAAUGAGAAAAUGGAAGAAGGGUUUAGGAAGAUUAAUGAGAAGGUUCAUGAGAUGGACACAAGACUGAAGUCUGUAGAAAUGAAAAUAGCUGAUCAAAGAAGAGAUUCUGAUUUUAUGGAUUUUCAGUAUGAAGAUGUGGGGAGAGUGUAUGAAACAGGUGGAGGAUCAAAUGCAAGAGGUGAUAAGGGUAUGGAGGAGACAACGAACACACCUGUAGAGGAGACCACAGAUGCACCUGCAGAGGAGACCAGGGACGCACCUGCAGAGGAGACCAGGGACGCACCUGCAGAGGAGACCAGGGACGCACCUGCACCUGUACCUGCGGAGGAGACCACAGACGCACCUGCACCUGCACUGGAGACCACAAACGCACCUACACCUGUAGUGGAGACUCCUGAACCACCACCAAAGAAACCACGCUACAAAAUAUGUAUGCGGAAGAGUGCUGAGUCUAAAGGACGGCUGCGAUCAUUAGGAGUAGGAGAAAGGGUACAACUGAUUUUUUUGGUUAGUACAACUGAUAUUAUCGCGUACAACUAG